AUGCAAAGGAGCGGAACGAUACUGAGACGCCUCGGCGCAGGUACAAACCGGCAGAUGGGCAGAAGAGCGAGCAGUGUUUCUUACGGCUACCUAAACCUAAACGUUAAUGACAAAAUUAUGCCCUACGUGGAAGGGUUGAAGAAAAAUAUAAUAUACGUUACCAGUUCCAAAGACUGCAAAGCGUACGUGCAGGAAAUUCAAAAAAGUGUCCAGGCUGGAAAAUUGAAUUGUAUUGGCCUGGAUGUAGAGGGAUAUAAAAUAGGGAGAAACGGCACAGUAAGUCUUGUACAAGUGUGUGCACAGGAUGAUGUUUACCUGUUUGACGUUUACAAAUGUGAUAAUACGUAUUUGUUCAUUAAAAAUUUAAAGGAGUUGCUGGAAGAUCAACGAGUUGUAAAGAUUACACAUGACUGCAGGGAGGACUGUUCCAUUUUGUUCAACCAAUAUAGCAUUAGCCUUAAUAACAUAUUCGACACGCAAGUAGCUUUCAAUUUAUUUUUGAAGGAAACGAAAAAGGACCUGUAUCAAAUAAGUUACGAUGACUUACUAUAUAAAUGCUUACUUGUACAUAAUAAGCACAAAAUAUAUUUUCAUAAGAUGAUUUCUCUUGAUCAGAAAAUAUAUUUGAAGAGACCCAUAGGGAAGGAAUUGAUACAUUAUGCCAUCCAAGAUGUUAUAUACUUAAAGCCGCUCAUGUUGAAUUUGGUGGACAGGAUACUUCGUGUGUGUAAAGAUGGUCAGGCAGGAUGUGAGCCAUUUUGUGAAGAUGACUCGCGCAGCAUUGAAAACAGUGAUGAUGUGAUUAGCGAAGGGGUACACAGCAACCUAAGUGAACAUAAGGCUAACUUAAUAAAGCGUGUUGCAAAGCUUAGUGAGAGGUACAUCAAGUAUCAGUUUUUAAACACUCAUGUUAAAAAUGAGAAAGAACUACAGAAGGGAAUGAUGCUCGAUGGCAUGAUCGUCUCCUGCAACAAUUUAAACCUCUAUGUCAAAUUGAAUUUGAGCAGGAGGGGCGUUAUAACAAAUUGUCUGAGGAACGAGUUCGAAAUCGGGGACGUGGUUAAGUGUGUCAUCCUGGGGUUUGGCAGUAAUGAUUACAUCAAACUGGGGUUGUACGACCCGUCCCUGUGUGUGGAGACACAUGAAGUGCGGCAGUAA